CUGUCUAUAACAUAAUUCUGUUUAUUUUGGUUUCAAUAUCGCAGUCGGCACUUUUCUCAAUAACACACAUCUGACAGCACAAACUUGAAUUAAAAAAAUUAUUGCUUGGAUAUGAAAUUGUACUUUAUGAUUUCGAAUUAGAGAUUGUAAACGAAUAACUUGGUUUUAUAUUUAAUAUUUUAUAUGGAUUUAAUUUUGACUAUUUAAUUUAUUAAAUCAUUGGAAAAUCCAUCCAAAGCAUGCAUUCAAUUUUUUUACUGUGUAACGGAGUAUGUAGCAUACAAAAGAAUCCUUGACUAAAAUAACUGCUCAUAAUAUUGAACAGCAGUUUGAAUUUUAUUUCAAAAGGAAGUAAUCAAGCUAAAGUUUUCAAAAGAAGUUUAGUUACAAGCCUUUGAAAAAAUUGAAAGAUGAAGAAGGAUAAAAACAUAAUAAGUUUUAAUUCUGCUGUCACUACUAGUAUCUUUGCUCUAUCCUUUCUCGUAAUUGGAAUUCCUUUAUGGUGGAAAACAACUGAGGUUUAUAGAUAUCCUAUACCAUAUCAGGAAUGUCAAGGUUUGCUAUCAGAAAAAAUUAGACAUACUAUUCCAAUAAAACUUCUGAUAGAAGAUCGAACUGUAAAACAGGGAUUACUGUGGGAAGAAUUAUUAAACUACUCUGGUGACAAAACGAAAGAAUCAUCUCAACUAGUGAUUACUUUUGACUGGUCAAUGAGUUCUACAUCAGAAGAAGAGCAAGAAUUAAUUCAAAGUUUUCAAAGCAUUACAGAUCUGGAUUCUGCUCUCUAUUUAAAUCCUGGAAGUUCACCUCUUCAAUUGAAGGAAUAUGGAAAACCAGAAAUUAUAAUUUUGAACCAAAAUUAUUCCAAAGAGCCCAAAUUCACAAUUGGUAGAGGCCGUCAUGGAUAUAUUAUCAAUAAUGAGGGUAUUAAAGGAUUGGUUCAAAGUAUUGAUGCUUUGGCAAGACAAAUAACACAAGUUAAUAGAUUACAAAAGCUUUAUACACCAGCAUCAUCUUAUGGAGGUGAUAAAAAGCCUGAUAAAGAUAGGAUGCGGUACUUAAGAUCAUCAAAGAAAUUUGAUAUGACAUUCAGUUUAAUAGUUCCUGAACCUCAAGUUCUAGAAGCUCAUUGGAACAUUGAAAAAGCAAUAAAUUCAUAUUUAACAGAUGUUUUGAAGGAAUUAGAAUUGAUAUCAACAGUUAAUGUCAAAAGUCAGGUUUUAUAUAUGACAUCAUUACCAAUAUCUACUCGCAGUACCAUGGGUGAUAAAGGUGAAGAGUUUAUUUUGCAUUCAGAUCACUUGCCCUCAUUGAUUAACCCAAUUGAAGCGAAACUAGGUUCUGAUACAUCAGUUCAUCCUAAUUUGAAUUUUGUGUUAUAUAUACCUACUAGAGAACAAACACCUCUCCAAAUUUAUGAUAAUAAAGACAAACCUCUCCCUUCAAAUGCUUUUCUCUUGCCUCAGUGGGGAGGAUUUAUGAUCUAUAAUUGUCAUCUUCCAAAAAAUGCAUCCUUGCCACACCCUAUCCUUUUGGAUUCCCAUGCUUUCAUGGAAGUAUUUCUCAGCCAAUUUCGCCUUCUGUUAGGCUUAGCUGAAGCAGAUUCUCUUUCGAGUGAUACAUUGCAAGUGUUGUCUGGCCCAGUGAUUCGCAAAUGGGAAGUGGAUUUUCUUUUACGAAAAAAUGCUCAAGAACAAUUGUCAGUUUCUAUAUCAUCCUUGUCUUCUUUGAGCCAGUUAUUGCAAACAAUUGGAAACAUUGUCAUCCGAGAUGAUGUGGGGAAAAAAAUACAUUCUGCUCUUUCAUCAACUAAAGAGAGUUUGGAGUUUCUUGCUAAGGGAGAUUUAUUGAAAGGAUUUCUUACAGCUCAGUCAGCUUUUGUAUUUUCAGAUGAGGCAUUUUUUGACCCAUCCUUGUUAGCUCUCCUGUAUUUCCCUGAAGAUCAAAAAUAUGCUAUCUACAUUCCAUUAUUUUUACCCAUUAGCCUUCCUGUUAUAACAUCUUUGAGUCAAUUAUGGAAAUAUUGGAGGCACACACGUACAAAAGAUAAAACUAAAUGUGAUUAAUGUUUUGCAAUGUACAAGACAUUUUUCAGAUUCAUUUUUUGAAGUGUGAAUAAUUUAUUGUUUUUUGUGAUUUUUCUUAGGUUUAAAUUUUAUGAAUAUUGUUUUUGAUGCAUACAUUAUUAUUUAUUAUGAGUUUUUAUCUUUAUAUUUGGAAUUAAAAAUAGCAAGCUCUUUA